AUGCCUCGCUCGUUCCUGGUCAAGAAGAUCAAGGCGGAUGCGUUCCAGCCCGGCCCGGGCUCCCCCACUUACCACCCACUGGAAACUUCGUACAAUGAGCUGGCGGGACCCCUGGGGGACGGCGAUCCCGGGGUGGGAGAGGGUUACCUCCAGACCUGCCUCGCAUCAUCCGGCUGUAAGAAUGAAAAGAAGAAACCAGGGCUCCACUUGCCACCCUCAGACCCAAUUUAUGCGCCCAUCCAUGAGGACUACAGCGACCCGGAGAGCCCCCAAUCCAGCCUCUCCUCCCACUACUUCAACGGCGAAGCUGCCGUCACCGAGAGCUACUCGAUGGAUGCCUUCUUCAUCACCGAUGGCCGGUCGCGGCGACGGGGGGAGGGCCAGCGGCGGGGCAGCCACCGCCACUCCUGCAACGAGUGUGGCAAGACCUACGCCACCUCCUCCAACCUCAGCCGGCACAAGCAGACGCACCGCAGCCUGGACAGCAAGAUGGCGAGGAAGUGCCCCACCUGCAACAAGGCCUACGUCUCCAUGCCGGCCCUGGCCAUGCACCUCCUGACGCACAACCUCAAACACAAGUGUGACGUGUGCGGUAAGGCCUUCAGCCGGCCGUGGCUCUUGCAGGGACACAUGCGCUCCCACACGGGCGAGAAGCCGUUCGGCUGCUCCCACUGCGGCAAGGCCUUCGCCGACCGCUCCAACCUGCGGGCCCACAUGCAGACCCACUCGGCCUUCAAGCACUACAAGUGCAAGCAGUGCGAGAAGACCUUCGCCCUCAAGUCGUACCUCAACAAGCACUACGAGUCGGCCUGCUUCAAGGGGCCCGAGCACACCUGCGAAAGGGAGAACUGA